UCAUGCAUAAUCCAUUUUUAUUUCUGAUAAUAUAGGGAGUGGUAGCCUAGUGGUUACAGAGGUGGGCUUUGGGUCUGGAGAACUGGGCUGGAAACAAAGGUAAACCAUUGUGGACCCCUGAGCAAGACCCUUAACCCCUGACUGCUCCCCGGGCGCUGGAUCUGGCAGCCCACUGCUCCUAGCAGCUAGGAUGGGUUACAUGCAGAAAAAGUAUUUCCCAGCUUGGGAUUAAGAAAGUAUAAUAAAAAAAAGCUGAAUAACACAUUAACACCCAAGCCCCAUUGAGCUUCACUUCUGCCGUCAUCAAACAGAUGAUGCAAAGAUGUUGCACACAUGCAGCCUGCAUACAAGGAUUUCACUCUCCAGCUCUCUUGGUGUGUGAACUAUGGGUGGACCCAGGCUGAAAAGCCUCCGGCCGCUUCCUCAUGACAUCACAUGGUUGCAGAAUGACUUGUAGAAUUUGAUCUGUGAGGCAAGACUUUCUAAACACUGAGUGCAGUCAAUGCUCUGAUACUCAGAGAGGAGGAAGGCUUCAGGUUCUGCUGCAUAACAUUUUUUAAAAGAAACUUGCAGCCAGUUCAUAUAUCAGCCACAAAGUUAUCAGUGAUUGCAUCAUCUGAUGCUGCUUCCAACUUCUAUCGUCAUGACAACUGUAAGGGCAGCAGAGGGCUGGCUACAAGGCCAGUGAGGAGGAUACUACUCUGAACUGCCACUGAAGUACAUGCUACUUAACACACUGUCACUCAAGUGUCCUUUAAGAGAGUGCCAGUCAUGGAGGAGGAGGAGGGCAGGGUGAACGGCUUUGGACUGAACCCAGGAAGGAGGAGCUCGGACUGGGGUCACAUCACCCUGCUGGACAAGACAAAGGAGUUCUUCCAGACCUGCGAUGUGGAGGGAAAAGGCUUCAUUAACCGCACUGAUAUGAGGAGGCUUCACAGAGAGCUGCCUCUGUCUGCAGAAGAACUUGAGGAUGUGUUUGACUCUCUGGAUACAGACCAUGCUGGUUACCUCACCCUGGAGGCCUUCUCCUCUAGAUUCAGUCAGUUUCUGCAUGGUCGGAGAAUCUCCGUAACUGAUGACCAAAAUCAAGCCCCUGUCCCAGUUUAUAAGGCAAAGGAAGCUUUUUACCAGAGCCAGUGGGAAGCCAAGCUAUCAGGGGUUGAGGAUGAGGAAGAGAAGCACUUCUGUAUGCUGCUGGAAAGCCUGGGAGCCAGUAAUGUGUUUGAGGAUCCAGGUGAGGUGCGCAGCCUCUGGGCACAACUCAGGCGAGAUGAGCCUCAUCUCCUGUCAAAUUUUGAGGAGUUUCUGGCCAGGGUGACACAUCAAAUCAAAGAAGCUCACCAGGAGAAGAAAGAGAUGGAGAGCGCCCUUCAGAGGAAGGCUGCAACGCAUGACAGCGAGAUCCGACAUUUAUACGAGGAGAUGGAAGCGCAGAUCAAAAAUGAGAAAGACAGGCUGCUACUAAAGGACUCUGAGCGCCUUCAGUUGCGCAGCCAGGACCUGGAGCACCAACUGUUGUCAAAGGAGAGAGAGCUGGAACAUCUUUUCAAGAAGCAGAAACGGUUAGAGCUCCAGUGUCAUGAUCUGAGCAGUGAGAAACAGGAGAGCCAUGUGGAGAAUGUCAAGCUGAAAAUGACCAACGAUGAGCUGUCUAAAGCACUGGAGGGCACCAGCCAGGAGCUGGCUCUGGCCCAGGAGCAGCUGGCUAUGCUGCAGGACCAGGCUGCCCGGUUACAGCAGGAGAAAGAGAUGGAAAUGUACAGAAUAACUGAAGGACUUCAGAGGGAGAAGCAAAGUCUCAUGAAGCAACUUGACCUCCUCAGAGAAAUGAACAAGCAUUUAAAAGAUGAGCGAGAUAUAUACUGUGGUGUGCCUCGAACAUCACUCAGAAAGAAGCAGAAGCAGAGGGCGGGCCUUUCUGACUUAUUUGAUGAUGCCAGCCUGCCAGCAAAAAGUGAGGAUGAUGACCCCCCGCCUUCCUCCACAACAACUGUCAGCACCUUUUCAUGUCAACAACGGCCUUCAGUGAAGAAGAACUUGAGCUUAGCCAAUGAUAACGUCGGCCCCGCUCAACCCAAAGCGCAUGAUGUAAAGUCAAAGGCCAGAAAGGUGUCUGGCAAAGUGUUAACGACCAAGAGGAUGAUGGUGAAAAGCAAAGAAAAAUCAAAGAGAAUAGAUACUGAGAAGACAACAGGGGUAGAGGAGGAAGUUCUGGAUGCGCCCCCUGAUGGGUGGCCCCUCCGCCGAGUCAUCUCCAUCGAGGAGGACCACCUGCCACACCUGCUUCAUGGUGGACCGCAGCCCUUACUGCAUCAGCUCAGUGAAGAGGACGACAAGCUGGGGGAGGAAGAAGUGGAAGCACAGAGUGAUACUGAAUCUAGUGUCAUCAUAGCUGAAGAUGCCGCUGUUAUUCCUCCUUCCAGACACACUCUAAAGUCCACAGAGGCUCCUUCUAUAAGGAGAUCUCGUUCCACACGAGCAAAGAAGAUACCAGCGUUUCCAAGAGUUCAGCCUGUUGGGAAGGAGUCUCAGCAAAAGACAAAAGAAAGAGCUCUUUUUGCUCCAGAUCGUCUGUUUAAGGUGGUGCUGGUUGGAAACUCCAGCGUGGGCAAGACAUCCCUGCUGCGCUCCUUCUGUGAGGGCCGUUUUCACCCAUCCACAACUGCUACUGUGGGGAUUGACUACAGCGUGAAGACAUUAACCUUGGACAAUAUGCAGAUAGCCAUGCAACUUUGGGACACUGCAGGUCAGGAAAGGUACCGCAGCAUAACCAAGCAGUUCUUUCGCAAGGCAGAUGGCGUGGUGGUGAUGUACGACGUCACAGUGGAGGAGAGCUUUAAGGAUGUGCGGCCCUGGCUCAUCAACGUCCAGGAAGCAGCAGGUGAAGGGAUACCCAUUCUGCUGCUGGGUAACAAGAUGGACAUGGAAAGAGAGAGGAAGGUGUCAUUUAAAGAUGCUGAGCAACUGGCUGUUGAAAGCAGCGUGUUCUUUUUUGAGGUCAGCGCCUACACCGGCAAGAAUGUGACAGAGUCCCUGACUCACCUGGCCAGAGUGUUAAAGGAGCAGGAGGACAGGGUGAGAGACACCACAGUCAUCCUCACUGCUCAGCCUGUUAAGAAGAAAGCUUGCUGCAAGUGAAGACACACUGACAGCAAAAGAUUUAAUCUUUGAGGAAUUCCAGCUGUACGCUCAAUUUACUGAGCUGGAUAUACAGGGUCUGAAGUAGGAAAGUAAACUAAGUGUUGGACUGGAGUAAAAAUCUAAACUUUAAACCUUUUUCUUAUAACAAGAAGUUUUCACUUUGGCCCAGAAAGUCAGUGUGUAUACUGAUGCUUCCUUAGGAAGAAGUAUAUCGCCCAUGCAGACAAACUGCUGUCAAGCUGGAAUAAUGAGGAUUAGAAGCUCUUUGCAUACAUUAAAACCACAUAAUUGCACCACUUCUUGCAAAUAAUGCUGCUGCCAAAUCACAGUAGUGCUCUCUGUGAGAUUAAAAACACUGUUUACAAUAAUUAGUUUAAAAUAAAGAAGAAAUCUUAUCUAAAGAAAAUUAUAUCAUGUAGCUUUUUCACGACUGAAAGCUUUUACAUGUGAACUCCCCU